UGUCUCCUCUGCCCAAAUUAAAAACUCAAAGAAACCCUAGAAAAUUCCGAUUCAUCCGAGAGAAGAAGAGGAAGAAGAAUUGAGAAAAUGAUGAAGCGUCUGAUCCCAACGUUCAACCGUAUCCUGGUUCAGAAAGUGAUCCAGCCUGCGAAAACCGAGAGCGGCAUUCUCCUCCCUGAGAAAUCAACCAAGCUCAACUCCGGCAGGGUGAUAGCUGUUGGACCUGGAUCAAGGGAUAAAGACGGGAAAUUGAUUCCAGUCUCAGUGAAGGAAGGCGACACUGUUCUUCUUCCGGAGUACGGCGGCACACAGGUCAAGCUCGGCGAGAACGAGUACCAUCUGUUCCGGGAUGAAGACGUCUUGGGAACGUUGCACGAGGAUUGAAAAAGACUAAAGCUCGCCAACUCAACCACGAGGGUUGGUUGUGUUAUGAGGGAGAGAAGUCAUUUUAAGUUAGUUUCAUCUUGAAGAUGUGGUUGAACUUUGUCGUUUAUCAUUCAAUUUUACCUUUAUGAAUUGUCUUUGAAUUGUUACGAAUGGGCAUCAAUCAUAUGGAUAAAAAACCCCCCAAGUGUUUUGCAUCUUCUGAUUCUAAUAUUUCGUGCUUUUCUAUAA